UGAGCGCGAGCUUAAAGCCAGGCGCGGGGGGCGGGGCAGGCGCGCAGCGCCACGGGAUGUGGGUGCGCGUGGCGCUGGUCUGUGUGGCGGUGUGCGCGUGCGCGCGCGCUUGGCCCGGCGGUGCCGUGUGCGCGCGGCGGGUGGCCGGUGCGGGCGGUGCGCGCUACGUGGCCUUCCUGAGCGGCGCCGGCCCCGGCCCCGGCCCGGCCGCGCUGGUGGAGAGCGUCUGGGCCGGGCGCGGCCGCCUCCGCGCCUGCUGGGCCCGCCGCGACCCGCGCCUGGCCCGCGCCUUCCGCGCCGCCUGCGCCCGCCGCCCGCCCGCCGCCCCCGGGGCCGCGCUGCGGUGGUACCUGGCCGCACUCUGGCGGCGCCGCGCCGCUUGCGCGGACCCCGCGCCGCCGGGAGGGCGCCCCCGCCGCCGGCGGGGCUGGACGCUGCCGGGCACGCUGUGGUGCGGGGCCGGUGACUCGGCGGGGAACGCCAGCGAGCUGGGUCUCUUCCGCGGCCCCGACCGGUGCUGCCGGGAGCACGACCAGUGCUCGGCGCAGAUCACGGCGCUGCAGUUCAACUACGGCAUCCGCAACUACCGUCUGCACACCGUCUCCCACUGCGACUGCGACGCCAGGUUCCGGCAGUGCUUGCUGGCCCUCAACGACACCAUCUCCAACAUCAUCGGCGUCACCUUCUUCAACCUGCUGGAGGUGCCAUGCUUCGUGCUGGAAGAGAGCAAGGAAUGUGUCCAGUGGCACUGGUGGGGAGGGUGUGAGCGUUACGGUGUAGUACCCCUGGCCAGAAUGGUGCGGCAGAGUCAGUACCACUACAGCCUGCCCACGGAGGAGAUGGGCAGCCCUGCUGUGCAGCCCCCAGGCAAGGGAAGGAAGUCCUCUAGAGCAGGGCACAAGCGGCUCCGACAGGGACGGGGGCGAAAAUCUGGGCUCCGCCAGGCACGGAGACCUGCGACAGCUGAGCAGCUGCAGGGCCCAGGUACCUUGUCCCCUGCAUCUGCCAGGGACAAGGCUGAGCCCACAACCAGGCACCCAGCAAAGCAGUGGGGGCUGGAGCCCGGCCCCACAACAGCAAUGACCGUGUUGGAACAGGACCUUGCUGGAGGAAGGCGAGCACCGGGAGGAGCACAGCAAGGGGCUGGGGGCUCAGCACACCCUGCCUGCACAGCCCACCAUGAAGAUGGCAUCAGAUCCAGCCUGGCCGCGAAGCAGUGCAGAGCCACCCAUGUGCCUGCUGUGGAGGGGCGCAGGCAGCAGUACCCGAGCAGGGUGUGCAGGUGCUACAAGCACCUGGAAAAGUGCGAGCACCACAUUGCAACUCAUGAGGUGAAGUACCAGUUGCACAACAUGGACACCCGGACGCUCUUCCACUGCAACUGCACUCGCAGGCUGGCACGGUGUUUGCGCAGGGCAAGGAACCUAAGUGACGUGGAGGUGGCUGUCCUGGCUGACCACAUCGCCAUGGACUGCUUUGUUCUGGAGCUGCCCACUGACUGCAGCCUGGGCGAGAGGCCACAGCACAACAGCUGUAUCACAGCAACCCGGGCCGUGCUAGUACCUGCACGGCAUCUCAAAAAGAUGGUGAAACACUGGGGUCCUCCGCAUGUGACCUCCAAGGCUGAGCAUCCAGACUGGAAGACACAGGACAGCAGUAGCAGCCUCUAUGAGCGAUGCCUGCAGCUGGCCUUGGAGCAGAAGUUGGGUGCUUGGCACCAUAUGGUGCCCCGAUGAUGCCUGAGAAGCGCUGCCUGAUGUGUGGGGGGGGAAAAAGACGUGCUAUGCAGCUGCCAUGGAGUGGAGCUGCUUGAUUUCUGGUCCUUGAGGCAAAGGAUGGCAUGGAGCUGGGGGCCACAGCUGGAGUGGGGGCAGGCAGAAGGACCAAGAAGCCUUUUGAGGAGCUGUGGCUGUCACCAUGUGUGAGCAUCAAAACAAGGGGAAAGGAAGAGGAAGGCUUGGAAAAGGGGAAACCCACCAUCUUCCCUCCCUGUUGUGGAGGGUGGGGGGGCAUGCUCUGGGCAUUGGAUCCCCUGGGCAGGGGGCAUGGCAGGACCCCCCCAUGUCUGGACUUACACCCCUUCAGCUAGGGGGGCCUGAGCAGUAUGGUGUGAUCCUGGCCCCCAGGCAGGGUGGG